AUGGCUCUGUCGGACGACUUCUUCAAGGUCUACUAUCCCACUUUCGGUGAUUUCGUGGCCCGGCUGACGGUGACCAACCAGUGGGGAGUCAGCGGGGUCAGUGACCUCUUUCUGCACAUCAACAAGCCCCCCGAGAACGGCCAGUGCAGCUUCGAGCCCAACGAGGGCAGAGCCCUCAUGGACAAGUUUAAGGCGUCCUGCUCAGACUGGACAGAUCCCGAAGGACUGGACAUCGAGUUCUUCGCCUUCUGGGUGCGCGACAUGGCGAACGGCGCGCUGACUUUCCUGACGUACGGCCCGGACUCCGAGGUAACGCUGCUGCUGCCUCACGGGGAGUUCCAAGUCGGCGCCGACGUCAAGGACAAGGAAGGCGCCACCACCCGGGUCAACAUGACCACACUCGCUAAAUAG